AUGGCCGAACCCUUAACAACCGCGGCUAUUGGCACUGUCCUCGUUAAAGCCCUCAAAGAAGUCGGUCUGGGUAGUAUUCCCUUUACCAAAGAUUUAACCGAAAAGCAAUAUCUAGAAAUGCUUGAAGGUAUGAAAACCGGAGUAGAAAUAAUCGAAUCUAAUGUUUAUUUUAAAGCCAUUAACGACCAAGAAGCCAAACAAUAUUUAAGUAAAAGACCCUCCGCAGAACAGGUUCAACAAUUCUUUUAUGCUUCACUUUCUCUUGGGCGUCAGUUUCAAGAAAAACAAACUAUUUCUCAGUUGCAAAAACAACAAGAAUUAGUGGAUUUAAUUGAUUAUGUCAAAGGUCAUUUGGCGGAAAUUGAAAAAAAUAGAAUUCUUUUGAUUGAAAAAGGUAAUGAAAAAAACAAUAGUGAACAUUCAAUUGAAGAAGAAGAUUAUGAAGUAAUUGACAAAAAUGUCACUGUCUAUGAAAAAGCCAAAGCCGAAUGA